CUUUGGCGUCCAUUCUGCAUGGAAUUUGAGGACGUUAUUGAGGAUUUCAAUCAGGGCACCCUUCUUCGCCUAGAUGCAAACAAGGGCUACGAUGAGGCCAACACCUGUGUCGUCCCCAGGAUCCAAUUCCUUGCCCUUGAGAUUGCUCGAAAUCGGCAGGGCUUAAAUGAUCGCGUGAAGAAACUGGCAGUAGGCUCCUAG